AUGGCUGGUUAUGGAGAGAAUAUUCUUUUCCCAGAAAAGUCCCUCUAUCUUAUUCAUAGGAUCCAUGACGGAAACAGUCUCGGUAGGAUUUCUCAGUGGCAGACACAGCCUAGGAACUUACGGGCCGCCCUCCAACCCAGCGGUAACACAGGUAUCUCAUCCGAAUCAAUUGGGAGGAGGAAAAACACAAACGCAGCGAAAAUUCAGUUUAUCGACUGCAACAGGCAAGAAAAACAACCUCGAAGGAAGAAGAAACCAUCUCAGCCACGGCAUCAGUCAAAAAAUGCCAGACGAGUGGUGCAUGGUAAUCAAAGCCAGCUCACCGUGGUUCAUGCGCCAAGACUACACGGAAUGUCUAACCACGAAGCGCUGAAUCUUGCAAUACCAGCUUUGUCGGAUAGGAUGCCCCCAUCGUUGUCACACCAUGUCGUUCUGUAUAUUAAUUACUACUUCCACGUUAUUGCAACAGAUACAUACCCGCUGUCAUAUCUCUUUUCAUUCAAUCCUGCCAAGCAACACUGGUUCCCUCUAAUGUUGGCGGAUGAUGUUUGCUGCUACAUCUUUCUGUCAUUUGCCGCAAUGGCCAUUGCAAAGAUCACCCAAAAUAAUAUUACUUUGCAAGAUGCUCGCAGCUUGCUAAAUGAGGCCUUACAGAGGCUGAAUCAUAGAAUAUCUACAGGGUACUUCCAGACUGAUGAGACAUUGGGAGCAAUUGCCUGUCUAGCUAUGUGGAGCAACUCAUUAGGUGACCUUGAGAAAUCAUGGGUCCAUGCCCGAGGGCUGGCAGAACUAGUCAGCAUUCGAGGAGGGUUAUCUAGCAUUGAUGAGAGACUCAGGUCAAAGAUGUAUCGGGGCAUCCUGGAAAUUGCUGUCGACUCUGACAACAUUCCAAACACCCAACUUUUGUCUGAUCUCAUAGACACUACUGGUGUUUCUUCUGGCAAAACGAAUGUAAUUGACCCAGCUAAGCUUCCCUGUUCACGUGAAAUGGUCAUGGAUUUAGCCAGCAUGUUCCACGACAUCUCAGCAAUGAGCGACGCACUCCAGGAUGCCAUGAUGCGACAGACAAAACUCAAUCCCGAAUACAUGGAUUCAACCGUUUUUGGCCUUCUCCAGCGCUUGCUUCUUUGUGCCUCUCAUCAUAUGAGCGAGUGUCACAACGCAUUUCGAAUCUGUCUUAUUCUUUACAUGAAGUCAUUAACAUGCAUGUUUGAACGAUUCGUCAUAACUUCAACGACUCUUGUCAGGAAAUUGCAGUCUUAUAUGGAAAGUUGCCUAUUGACACCAAUGCCCUUGACGAGAUGGAAGCUAUUCAUAGGUUGCCUGGCUGCCGCAGAUGGAACACCCGAAAAGCAAUGGUUCAUCUCAUCUCUGGCUGAAUGUUUAUCGCAAGAUAUGAGAGGAGAAGAUGGUAAAUAUACUUUUCAGAAUGAACUGAGGAGUAUACUAUGGAUUGAAUUUGUCCAUGGGAAACAUACAAAUGCGAUUUGGGCUCAAUUA